CAUGCAUACCUUCCAUGCCUAAACCACCAAUGGCUCGAAAAUCUCGUCAUGGCUGCUCCGAGUGCAAACGCCGAAGUGUAAAGGUAUCAUUGUGAUGUCACUUCUGUGUCAAUGAUUGGCUUCUCUGACAUCGGAAUGCAACCAGUGCGAUGAGAAACGCCCGCAAUGUUCGAAUUGUGAACGUCGACGGGCGACCUGCCAUUAUGCUACUUAUAACCCUUGGGCUUGGGAGAGUAAAACACUAGAGCAGGCAGUCCCACCAGAAGAAGGGAUGUCAAGCCAUGUCGUAAAUGAGUCAGUGCCGCAGGAAGCCGGCUACGAAGGAUUGGCGCGUGUGGGCCAGUUCAAUACGCAACAUCUGAGGUUACUAUUGACCUGGACAACUUCAACCUGUCAUACUAUCUCCAGGAUUAAUGCAGAUGCUCGCAUAUGGCAAGAGAACAUCCCUCACCAAGCCUUAUCAUGUCCUUCUCUGCUUCAUGACAUCUUCGCCGUCUCGGCGCUUCAUCUUGCCCUUUCUAGCGAUUGUGAGAGGGCGGAAAAGCAGGCCCUCAUAGAAGAUGCAGAAGCCCACCAGAGCGAAGCAAUCAAGAUGAUUAUGGAAUUUGAUAACCAACUAGAAUCAUCAAAGCUGUUUGAAAGUUUUGUGCUUUCAAGUCUUCUCGUAGGGUCUGCCUUUUCAUUUCCUUUGGCCGUUGCUACACACUGUGAAACAGAGGGAAAUAUGCUAGACGAGCUGAUAGGGGUGUUUAUACUCAUCCGCAAAAUGAUGAGCUUUUCGACACCUAUAAUCCUUCGCAUUCAGGAGAGUGAGCUAUGUGGUCUUUUGCUGAAGGAGGAGACUCAGUCCAGUCCGUCUCAGUCAUCACAGGAGGCAAUUGCGUCUCUUCAUGAGCUCCUCAAUACAACAUACUCGCAGGAGAACGAGAAUCAUCGGGCCUUUGCUGACACAAUUGAUUGCCUGGAGAAUCUACUCGGCAGGCUUGAUGGCGCCGGAGAGAUUGUUUCAUGGUCUUUUAACUGGAUUUGUGAGGUUCCAGCCGCCUUUAUCGUCCUCUUGCAGGAGCACAACCCACUUGCACUAGUAAUUCUCGCUCAUUACUGUGUCGUUCUGCACCAGCUGAGAGACCGUUGGUGGAUCGCUUCAUGGGGUCAACGCGUACUUGACAUCAUUGCAGGAAUUUUGGGUCCUGCUUGGAAGUCUUCCAUAGCCUGGCCUGUUCAUGCAGUCAAGGGUCAGUAUCAGUGAUGAUCCUCACAGACAUCCCUGUAACAGAUAAUGCUAGUGCCAUGUUCGUGUCAGUAUCACGGGUCAAUUUGCAACAAGAAAGCUCAGUUGGGGAAGCUGCAGCUGACAGGACAAAUAAGAUGAUGGGCGACCGCAUUAGUCUACGUCACAGCACUGUUUGUUAUGGUGAGUUUGAAAAUCUUGUUUUCUCGGUUGUCAGAGGCUUUAGAAAUCUAGGUUGGAAGUUCCAGACAAAGCUGGAGGAUAUUGACAGAUUGCCAAAUGAAUCCAGCUCCAAGAAUCCAGCUCCAUCACGUGCUUGACUGAUUUACAUGGAAUGUUCUUGAAACUUUUGUAUCUUGUUUACGCACCACGUGUACAUACCGUAUACUGUGUACCGCUAUAACAAUACAAAUCACGGUCAUCUUUGGGUACUAUCUAAAACAUGAUCAGUGUUUCUUGGCGUGGAAAUCUAAGGCUGCC